AAGGAUGACUUUUUGAACUUUAGAAGUAUUAUUUGUUUUUGUACAAUUGAAGUCAGAGGCAUGUACACUAUGGCAUCUUGUUUAAGUUUUAGCUAGAUCUUAUCGCGUUUGAUGUUAUAUCUUAUAUAAAUACUUUGUGGUGUACAUAGCUGACGAAGUAACUUUUUGUUUUGAAUGAUAAUGUAUAGAGAGAUAGAAUUAUGGUUAUAACUUUUUUAAAAAAAAUAUGAGCCGAAAGCAAACGCACUUUUUUGUUAAUAUCCUUAAAAUGUGAAUUGUCCUGUUACAACGCUACAGAAAAUCAAACACAGGAUCAACUUCAUUUUGGACAAUUAAGUUAAAUGCGGUCCUGUUGGGUGUUUUUAGUUUUUAGUUUUUGGUUUACUUUAUGUACUUCAUGGUUAUGAUACUUACUGAGUUUUUAUGCUUAUCUAGUAGACACUUUGACAUUGAAAUCAAGUCCCAUACAUAACUGACCUUUAGAUAUUGGCUAUUACUCGGAACUACUCCUCUCUAUGAAGUCGGGAAAAGUAAAAUUACUUCAGUUAGGUUUACGCUUAGAAUUUAAAACUCAUAACAAAAGUUUAUUUUAUCAAGUGAAAUCUUUCUGUUAAGCUUGGACACGUGAUUAUUCCAAGUUCUCCCACAAAAUUUAGGAUUUUUUAAGUUCACUCUUGAAAUAAAAUAAUUAAAUUUUAAGCAGAUAGUUGUAUUUUGAAUAAACUUUAAGCUUUUGAUGACGUCAUAGAAAAAGUGCUGACUUUAGUCAAAGUUUAUUGCUGCCAUUUUGUUCCGAUCAUGGCGUACAUAAGUGUGGUAAGUCUGAUUCCAUUUAGAAAAGCCUAUCAAAAGUUAUUGAGGGGAGAGUGAUGAGCCCUAAUUAUAAUAUGUCCGAAAUACCCCGGACCAACUAGGGUUAAACAAUACUCGGCAGCAGUCGUUUCCUGUAUAUUUGUGAAAGUCUCAUCCAAAGCUUGUUCGGCUAUUUACCAUAUUCUGUAACACACCAAAGUUGUUGUUGUUGUUUUAAAUUUCGUUCCACACUUUUUAUACAACACAUAACAGCGAAUAAUCAAACUGUUGUAUAUCGAUUGUCGCUGGGGAUUUAAUAUAUGAUAAUAGGGCAUAGAAAUCUGUUUAACAACUAAUUAGACUAAUUAUGCAAAUUAAAGGAGUUAAUCAUGCACACCUAAUGUAAAUGUACUUAAAUUUUGAUUUUCUUUCUCUAUAUUAAUGUCACAGUUGUCUGUUUGAUUUGUGAUGGGGGUGGACCGUUCCUUUGAUGAGUACUUCAUGAAGUUCUGGCCUUGUGCGGAUAAUUUAAAAGACGGUGUGUCUCGCGGUGACCACUGUAAAAAAGUUAUAAUUAUUUUCUGGAAAGAUGGUUACCUGCCUACUGAGAAGAAAUGUUUCUAUGGUUAAAAACCUUGGCAUUAUUCAAAUGGCCAAUGGUAUUGUAAUCCUAAUUCUUGGAAGCAGUGCAAGUUUCAAAUUCAGAGAAGAAGUUUGGAUAAACGAAAAGAGUGUGAUUUCUAUAGGCUUGUUACGAAUAUGUAUAGCAGGAGUAUUUGGUUCGCUGUUUACGUUGAAACACAACAACAGUGGAUUAAAUUGCACACAUAUGGUAUUUUGCUUGUUAUUUUCUCGGUUAACCAGACCCUACAAAAGUUUUAGAUAUUUACAGUUUUAUAUUUUACUUUUAUAUUUUACAUGCAAGAUAUAGAAUAUGGCGAAUACAAA